UUCGUUCGCUAGCCGUCUUGUGAUUUUUCCCCUUGUUUCUUAUUUUCAUGAAAAAUAACGGAAAAUAUAAUGUAACUGUAAAUUUAUAUUUUACUAUGGAUUUCAAUUAGCCCAAAGUACAAUUAAGUGUAUGUGUUUAUGAGUCCCUUUACUUCAAUCUGAUUUAUCAUGUGUGGCAAAUACAUCAAUAAAAGAAUGAAACAUACUUGCGCUUUGUAUUAAACUAGAACAGCGAGCAUAAGCAAAAUGGAGCAUGCGGACUUGGUGUCGGAGAUGGCUCAAGUGGAGCACCUCACUACGCAGGAGAGGCUCCACUUAGCCCGCAGACGUCGCAUGCAACAGUUAAAACUAUGGCAACAAAGAGAAAAAGAAUGGGCGCGUUCGCGGGCGAAGCGAGAGAAAAGCAACAAGCGGAGUAUAUACUUCAGCGACAGCGUAAUGUUACUGGAGGCUGCAGCCAGAAAUGAUAUAGACGAAGUGCGCCGUUUACUAUCACGGGGUGUCACCCCGGACGCUACGAACGAGGAUGGCCUCACGGCGCUCCACCAAUGCUGCAUCGACAACAACGAGGCUAUGAUGCGACUCUUACUAGACAACGGAGCCAACGUCAACGCCGAGGAUAGCGAAAAAUGGACGCCAUUACACGCAGCAGCGACAUGUGGCAACCUCAACCUCGUACGAAUACUUAUACAGCGUGGAGCGAAUUUACUAGCGGUCAAUGGUGAUGGGAACAUGCCGUACGACAUCUGUGAGGAGGAACGAACGCUGGACGCGAUCGAGAGCGAGAUGGCGGCGAGGGGCGUCACCCAGCGACUGAUAGAUGACACUCGAGCCUCUACUGAGAUGAAGAUGCUGAGGGAUGUUGAUGAUCUAGUUAAGGGUGGGAUGGAUUUGGAUGAGCCGAGGGAUAGUCAGGGUGCCACGCUUUUACACAUAGCUUCGGCAAACGGUUACAUAAAGGUUGUGGAGUAUCUCCUAGAACACCGAGCGUCGACCGACGUCGUGGACCAUGAUAUGUGGCAACCGGUCCACGCGGCCGCUUGCUGGGGACAUUUAGAAGUGUUGGAGUUAUUAGUACAAUACGGAGCUGAUCUCAACGUCAGGAACAAACAUGAUGAGACGCCGGCAGACAUCUGCGAGGAGGGCGAGGUCCGCGCGCGCAUCGUGCGGCUGGCGGCCGACCAGGAGGAGCUGCGCCGCCACGCCGCCGCCGGCCGUCUGCGCACUGCGCGCCGCUCCUCCAGCUCCGCCAGCACCAGCCGGGUCCGGUCGGUGCGGCGUACAUCUCUACGCGAGAAGCAGCUCACAGCGAAAGCAGACGUGCGCGGCGAAGCCCGGCUUAGAGAAACCUUCGACUCAGCCGUCGACGACGAGUUGCAGGGCCUUUCGAAUGGCGUGGAAAACGAUCAAAAUACCGCGAACCUCCAACCGCAUGAAUCGUCGCACAAGCGGCUGUCGAACAGUUCGACCACCUCCAACCAGAGCUACGACUCUACCGUAGAGUACGCAGUGCCCAAGCACUCGUACAGCCAGCGCGGCGGCUCGCUGCGCGCCAGCGACCUCAGCGACAGCUCCGAGCUCGCCACCUACGGCCAGCAGAAGACCACCAACCCUCUGUUCGGCGUCAACGCCGCGACGCACUACGCGCCCGGCGCCAUAACCGCCUCCCAACACGAAGCUAUCAACGAAACAAGCAAACACUACGAAAGAACGAGUCUACCGAACGGCGUCAGAAAAGCGCCCGAGGGCCAAGACAAUGACGUCAUCAAAAACGAGGACGCCUUAGACGGUAGGAAAGAGGUGAUAGUGAGCCCCAACCAGAUCGCGAUCACUGAAGGAGGCACCGCGACCUACACCACAGACAAUAAUGGUAAAAUCAAUGUUCAUGUCACCGUCAUGAUUAACGCAGGCACACUCGCAGAUUUGAAGAAGCAGCGAGCUCAGAUCCGGACGAACGGCAGUCCGGUGGAGAGCAGCCUGACGUCGACGAACAACCACAGCCUGAACUCGGUGUCGGAGGCCUCGAAGCAGGACAUGCCGGUGCAGCUGAACCCGCUGAGCCUGGCGCCCGGCGCCGCCGCCGUCCCGCGCUUCGCCGGCAACACCAGCGACGUGGUCGGCGACUCGCGCUCCCACAGGUGCUGUAUCAUCAUGUAACAGACUCUAACACCGCCACAGGAAUUGUGUGUUCCCAUAGUUAUAGUACGGAUGCCCCGAGAAGCGCGUGUCGAUAUAAUGUGAUCGUGGUAAGCGUACAAGUCUGAUUGUCAUUCCAAAAUAAUUUUUGAACGGCUUUUGGAUCACUCGGACGAUUGACUUUUUACGGUUCGCUAUUGCCUAAGAAAUGUGAUUUGGCUAAGAUGAGAUUUUAGAGGAUAUUUUUUUAGUUUACUGUGACUGAUACAGUUUUUUCACCGAUCAAAGAGUCAAUCGACGUUUGUUGGUCCGGUAGAGAAGAUAACCUAAUAUAUUGAACGCCGAUAGAGUAUUGCCAUGAUUGCUCACAAAGCAAGGGCUUGCCAAUGGCUGGAAAUAGUGUGAUAGAUAAAUAAGAGCUCAACAACUAUUGUAUUUUUAGCGUUAAGGAAACUAUGCGGUUGCUAAUAUUUUAUGUAGUGUUAGAAGUGAAUCCUAUACUGCAGUUAUGUCAUAUAUUUAAGUAUUGUAUUAUAGUUCGCGCUCGUCUUAUUUCCUGAACAUUCCAAUAUUUAAUACUUUGUUGAAAUAUUAUUUAAUGUAAAUAAUUUAAUUUCAUUGUAAAUGUCAAUGUUACAGAUAUUGUUAUUAUCAUUUAAUUUUAAUGUUACAUAGAAUGCAUAAUACGCAUUGAACAGAACAAACCAUGGAACGCAAUAAUAAAUGAUCGUAUCGAUUGUUCGCAAGUGCCUCAGGAAUUGGUCUACCGCAAAAAUCUAUGUCAAACAUAGACUAAUUUAAUUAAAUAUCAUUUAUUUAUUACAAAACUAAUAAAUUAUUGAAUAAUAAUUAUUAAGUAAAUUAUUAAUAUCUAUUUCACGUAACAAAAGUGAUACAUCAUUUUAUUCUUAAUGUGCAGUUGACCGCACGUCAGUUACACUCUGAUAUCACCUUUAACUCAAGGGCAUAAGAUUGACUUUCGAACUUCUUCGUCUCAACUGCAGUGCGGGCUACUGCACACUGAUUGAUCUUUCCUAACUGAACGUAGCUGCGAUACAUGCCUUAGUUUCACGGACCACUCUAUGGCAAUAAACUAAUAUCACUAGACUAACAGAUAAAAUAGUACUUAAUAUGGGUAUACUUUUAUAAUACGUAUAACUUUCACAAAUACGCCAUAAUAUAAACAAAUAUGGAUGUAGUGUUCAUUAUAUACAAAAUCUAACUGCUACUUAACUAUAUAGAUACAUUUUUAUUACAUUUAUUAUUUCUAAAAUUAUAUAUAUAUUUGAUUUUGUCAUUUAGUGUUAAUAUAUGCCGAAAUGGAAUUUAUAUUAUUGUUCUGUAUUAGAAAUGUUUGCGUUACAAGUUCAAUUUUGUAUAAAGACUGGAUUUGUUAUGUAGGUAUUACAUUUAUUAAUAGUUAACAGCCGAUUACGCGUGACACUGCAGUCGAUACUAGUAUUAAAGCUAAGGCCCGUCGUACACGUAGUCAGUAGAGUGAGACAGGUCAAAUUGUAUUAACGUUUUUCACAAAUAAAAACUUAAGUAUUUGUCACAAAAUUUUGUGUAUUGUGUGUGUAUUUAAAGUAUUUUUUUGUAAAAUUUAAUACCAGUGAGAAUAAUCUGUAUUUAAUUGCAUUUAUUUACUUAUUAUUAUUAAGCACAUUUUCAUCGUAGUAUCUAUUAAUCUAUAUAUUUUGCGAUCAAACAUUUUCAUUAUAAAGUAUUUGUUAUAAUUCUAGUCUAGUGAGUGUCGUGUGUAGUGUCACGUGUGUCGGUGUUGGGUUAUAAUGCAGCUGUGAGUUGACAGAGCGAGGGGGCCACGGCAUUCGUGCUGAUAGUUUGUUUCACACUCCAUAUGUUACAGUGAUGUACGGACGUAUAUAAGACGCCAUAACGUAUUCAUGCAUAGAUAGCAGGAAAAUCGUAGUGUCAUUAUCCAAUGGACAAAUUUAUCCUUCUUUUUUGGUUUGAAGGGAGAAUCUUCCAGGAAAUCACAUUCUGAGAGG